GUGGAAUAUAAAGGGAGGUUAUUUAUUCACUAGAGGUAACUAGGUAUCUGCUUUUAAAGGUUGCUUGAAGGUAGUUUAAAGCAAAGGCAGUAAAGAAGGGGGCCACCCACAAACAAUUCCUAGGGUACACCACCUGUGUAGUAAGGGAGUGUAUAUUUGGGGUGUUGGGGAUUUGGAGCGAGUUUGGGGUUUGAAAUCAAAAAGUGUUAGUGGCAUUGGGGCAAGGUUGGGUUCAUUAGUAUUGCAGAGGUAAUAACAGGCAGCUGCACUUUGGGCAGCCCAGGGGGAGGUAGGACAAGGGGCCUAGGCUCCAUUUGAUGGAUCCUCGGAUCGCCUGGUUCCAGCCAGAGCAGCUUGGCCCCUCGAACAGCCUGUGGAUGCAGAUCUGGGAGACCACGCAAGGCCUGAGGAACCUGUACUUCAACCAGAACAGCCCUGCUUCUCCUGCACACAGCGGAUCAUCGUCCAAUAGCUCCUCAGGGUGCGAGGCCACCAUGUAUCGGGACAAUGGGCCAGCUCAGGCGUUCUCCAUCACCGCCACUCAGCCACUGCGUGAACAAGGAGACUUUCUACCCCUGGAGACCACCAAUAACAACAACAACCAACUGCUGAGCCACAGUCCUGGGGGUUGGAGGAAGGGUCAGGAUCAUAACCGAAACAAGAGGAAAAGAGACAACAAGGCCAGCACAUUUGGACUCAAUUACAGCUUGCUACAAGAUCCAGCUGGGAGUAAUGUUGCUGGUGGCUCAUAUAAUGGGAUCCCCUGGAAAUCUAGGAACUAUAGUGACGAGGUCAUAGGGUGAGUUGUGUAACAUCUUUCUCUUACCCCAGGUCAAAUGUGGUGUUUUAAAAUGGAAAUAUGGAAAACUAUAAGGCUGGAAGUCUGCUGUAUUCUUACAAAGCUUAUGUUCGGGUACAUAUGUGUGACACUGACAGAAUGUCGGCAAUGCUUGCAAUGGGUUACUAGAGCUAAGAUGCCGUUAUGUAAUUUUGAGCAGCAUAUGGUGGAAUUCAUUUUUACACAUUAUGUCAAACCUCUAUAAAAAUGUACAACUAAUAUUUUACUUCUGGUCUCGUGACUUUAAGUUUAUAUCUUAAUGACUAGCUUAAUUUUAUAUAGCAGAACCACAAAAAAAAUAUAAACUGAAGCAAUCACACAUUCUGUUAAAAAAUACAUUUUAAUAAAAUGUAGGGUUGUAUAAUCCCAGACCACUAAAGCAUUCAGGACAUCCGGUAUGGUCCUGUUUGGAUUGCGCCAAUUGGUGGAGAGCGUAAGCUAGUUUUCACAGCCAAUUAAUUUCACCUAAGUAGGCAUGGCAUUGAUAUAAUCUAUUGCAGGAAGGGAACCUUAAAGGGACACUAGAUUUAAAUAUACAAACGUGUAUUCCUAAUGCUAUAUUUUCCUCACUAUUUAGAGUCAGGGGUCUCCUAAAUUAAAAAAAGCUUUCCUUUUUUAAAGGAACACUAUAGCGUUGGGAAUACAUCUGUAUUCCAAAUUCUAUAGUGCCUGGAUAGCUGUUUAGGCCUAUCUCCCCAACCCAUAGCAUUUAAACAAAUUCCUAUUUAAAUUUUUUUUUUUUUUUAAACUUUAAUAAAAAAAAUUAUGUUCGGGAUAGACUGAUCUGUUCUGGCAAUUUUUAUUAGAGCAGAUUAUCAACAUAUUUUUGAAAAUUAUUACUUUGUUUACUGUUGGUACCGAUAACUUGCUUCUCCCAGUCACCGCAUGCUAUCUUCCACAUCUGUAAACUCCAGCCGCUAGUCAAUAGGAGCUACAUCAUGAUCUCACGUCAUCCCUCACCAUGAGCACCUGCAUGUAGAGUUUACCUGAAGACAGGGAGGUGAGACAGUAAUAUACUGAGCUUACUGAGAGUUCAUGGCAAUCACACUCCUAUCAGAAAUAGCACUGUGCAUGCUUGGAUCUCACUGAUCCCAGCAUACACUUCUACCUUAGUGAUAGCUGUGUGAUUGUGGUCAGUACGUUCAGUUUUUUUGUAGAAUGUUUGAUGCUUUUUCAAAACUUUAAAUGUACAGAAUAUUGGCGCUUGCUAUCGGCAAUUGGCCUAAUUGAUGACUGACUUGCUUUUGACUUUGGGACAAAAUAUUGGGUAAUCUCUAAUUUAGUUACCUUUUCUCCAUCAUGACGUCUGUCUGUGUUGCUGUCCUUCCUCUUUGGUCUUUGGCUGACGUUGAAAGAGAUCUCCGCCAAUAUAGUGCUUCACCAUAGAAAAGCAUUGGGAGGCUCGUGUGCAUGCCUAGUAAACCUUCACCAGUCAGAUGGUGUCUCUCUGAGACCAUAUGAUUGAUAUAGGCGUUUAUCGAAGGAAACUUGUCUGGUGACGGUCUGAGGAGCAUUUGAUUGUAUAAGACGAAGACGCGAUGUAUACCUGGUGAUGUAGUGGGAGGAGAAGCAAGCGGCUGGGGAGGUAAGGUAAGUUAAAGAUCUGUCACUCUUUGCAUAUGCUGCAAACAUACCCAAAGGUUAGAUUUGGUGUGGGUCCAUUGGCUGCAAAGUUCAUGGGAAGUUACAUGGACAGUGUAGGCAGCCAGACAGAAAUGGUUUGAGUGCACUGUCCCCUUUCACUAUGCAAUCUAAAAUGUUGCAGAGAAACUACAAUGUUAGUAUUGCAGGAUUAGCCAGCCUUUAGUGCAGGCAUAGGCAACCUUCGGCACUCCAGAUGUUUUGGACUACACAUCCCAUGAUGCUUUGCCAGCAUUAUGGGAGAUUUAGUGCAUAAGAUCUGGGAUGCUGAAGUUUGCCUAUCCCUGCUCUAGUGGCUUUCUACCAGACAGCCAGUAUAGGCGCUUACUACUGUUUUACAUGGUAGUAACACAGCUGGAUGUUCUCACACUUUGCAUGAGGAUGUCCAUAGGAAAGCAUUGAAUCAGUGAUAUAAAGAAGGCCUAAUCCGCGCGGUGCUCUCCACGCAUGUGCAUUCGGUUCCACUUGUGCUGCUGCCAUCUUUGUCUUGCAGGUUUUCUUGAGCUGCGUCAGUGCUGUACUUUCACACCUGUGCAGCAGUACAACACUUAAUCUAUGGAUGGUGCCACGAGAGCAACCAUAAAUCGAUACCUUAAUCCCACAGAUGUCGCUUGUGCGAUUGAGCAAAGGUUGAUGGCAAAGCUCUGCCAUUUGUUUGACUACUCAUCACUGCCAAGGAACUCCAUCUCAUCUUUUCAUUUCGUUUCAUUUAGGAAGGUGGGGGGCACCUUAAUGGUGGUGUUUGCACUAUAGGGUCAGGAAUAAAUGUUUGUAUUCAUGACCCUAUAGUGUUCCUUUAAAGUAAUACAUUCUUGGCAAAAUCACCUCUAAGAGAUCAGUUGCAUUUAAAUUUGGUUUGGACCUGCUGUUCUGGCAGGUGCGACUAGUAACUGAGCAAGAUAACAAGGCUUCUUAAAGGAUAACUAUAGUGUCAGGAAAACAAAGCGGUUUUCAUGACACUAUAGUGCCCUGAGGGUGCCCCCACCCUCAGAGUCCUGUGGUGCUGAAGAGGUUAAAACAGCAGCUUACCUUUUUCCAGCGCCGGGCUUCCUCGGCGCUGGUGACCUCUCCUCCCUCGCUGACGUCAGCGGAGCCGAAUGCGGAUGCACCUCAAGUGCCGCGCGCGCAUUCAAAGUGUCCUUGGAUGCUCUGUGUGAUGGAAGACAGCCACUAGAGGCUGUCUUAACCCUGCAGUGUAAAUAUAGCAGUUUUUCUGAAACUCUGUUUGCGUCUGCAGGGUUAAAACCUGGGGGACAUGGCACCCAGACCACUUCAUUGAGCUGAAGUGGUCUGGGUGACUAUAGUGUCCCUUUAAACCUUUAAGCCAAUUAAAAUUCUCAUUAAUGCAGAUACCCUAAACAUCAUUGAAUUGGUGAUGUUGCUAUUAUUCAUUUAUGCCUACAGGUACAUUGUAGCUUAUUUCUGUCUAGUAACAGAGGGCAUGUACGGUUUAUGUUGUUCCUACAUAAUCCAAAAUUUGCUGUCCUGAAAACGGAGUGGACACUUCUCUGAAAGUAAGUUUCUUUUGUAAGUUUUUUCCUUCACUUCUGUUGCACGAUUCAACCAAGAACACGGUUCUUUGGUGUUUACUAAACACCAUUUUUACCUCCACAGCAGUUCUGUAUCAAGACUGAUGCACGCUUGGCAUUUAAAGGAACAUUCUGUAUGAAAGCAUACAUGAUUUUGUUGUAUUCCUUCCAUAAUGUUUUACAUGCUUGUAUAUCCAUGUGGAAUUACUUUGCAUUGUACGCUCUGGUUGUGCCAGGGCAGCCAUAAUUAAAAAUAAACUGUGUUUAACACACCGGGUGCUUCUAUCUUGUGUGUGUUGAUGUAUGCCGCCUCGGCUUACUUGUUUACCUCUUGGUAUCCGUACCGUCCUAUCUAGGUAUUCCUCCCAAGGUUGCCACACCUUGGAAGAGGUGGCUGUAGUGUUCUGUACCUGCGCUGUCCGUUUGUCCAUUGUAUAGUUGUCUUCUAUUUUAUGUAUCACUUUGUGCAUAGGAGGGGUGUCUGGGCUGAGCAAUUGUUGGGUCAGUGCUCUUCUGGCCGCUAAGGUCUGUUUAUUAAUUAAUUUCUGUUCUCUUGUCAUCAGGUUGUCUUGUGGUUUGGCUAGAAGGUAUGUUCAUGAGUCUUUAUUUAUUGGUUGUUCUAGUACUGCCGUCAUUAAUGUCUCUGUCCGCCUCGUAUCUUACUACCUUGGGGCAUGUCCACCACAUAUAGAUGUAUGAUCCCCUCUCUCCGCAUCCCCUCCAGCAUGUGUCUGUGAUGGUUUGGCCGGGGUGUUUUGUAUGCCUGUUCCUGAAGUGUUACACAUAUGGACACUUUUCAGCUGCUGCGUCCCUUCAGUCCUCCUCUUCCAGUGUUUGUUGUAGGUCCUUUUCCCAUUAGGUAAUGUAGGUGAGGGUCUCUGUGUCUCUGUCUGGGGUGCUAAGUUGGGCGUAUAGCAUGGUGAUAAGGCCCUUACGUGUUGAUUCUGUAAUGCAUAAUUUCUCAUAGGUAAGUGGGGCCCUGGCUGCCUCUCUUAUUCCAGGGUGUUUAGCGAAGUCCCGUAAUUGGAUAUAUUUAAAGAGGUCUCUUGUUUGUAGUGGUGCAUUUUGUUUUAACUCGUCAAAUGUCUUGAAUUUGUCCCCGUUGUAUAAGUGGUAGUACCUCUGCAGGCCUGUGUAUUCCAGCCCUUUAAAGUCUCGUGCCCUCAUGCCAGGCGUAAAUGCUCUGUUUCUCAGAUACGGGGUGAGGACGUUCUGACUAUUUAUGUGCGUUGGCGUCCCAUAUUCUGAUAGAAUUAACUAUUGCUGGGCAGUCUGUGGUACCCAUAUCCAGUACUGGGGGAGGUCUGUUCCCAUUAUUAUAGAUUCCAGGUCUGUCCACCUGCGUGUAUCUGGGGGUGAGUGCCACUCUAUUAUCUGGGGUAGUUGUGCCGAGAGGUAGUAUAGGUGAAGGUUGGGCAGUCAGAGUCCCUUUAGUCGGUAGUGUGUCGGGCUAUCCUGUGUCGUUUAUGUGCCCAAAUAAACUUAUCUAUUGUGGUUUGUAGGAAUUGGAGAUCUUCUUUUGUGACUUUUUUUUUUUUUUAUUGGCAGUGCCUGGAAAAGGAAUAGCAUCCUCGGCAAUACAUUCAUUUUAAUAGUGUGGAGUUGUCCGAUCCAGGAGAUCGUUUUUUCAUGUCAUUUUUCUAGGUCCUUUAUUAGUGGGUUUUAUCAUUGGCGUGUGGUAUCAGCUGUUAAUCUGACUCCAAGUAUUUUAUAUGUUGUUGGUUUAGUUUUGUGUGCCGUCCUCCCUAUCUGCGCCACGUCCCCUGCCGUCAACCCCAGCAGCAUGGCCUCCGACUUUUGUAGAUUCAUUUUAUAACCCGAUACCUGGGUGAAUUCCCCCAGCAGUAGGAUCCGAUUCGGGAGGGAUUUUCCAAGAUCAGUGAUUGUUAGCAGAAUGUUGUCCGUGUACUCAGACACUUUAUAUUGUUCUGAUGCUAUUGUCAGUUUUGUUAUGUUUGGGUGUUCCCUGAUCAUGCAUAGUAGGGGCUCUAAGGCCAGUAUGAAGAGGAGUUGUGAGAGCGGGCAGCCUUGCCUUGUGCCAUUGCUUAGUUUGAAUGGCUUCGGGGUCGCCCCUGCAAAGGCUAUUUGGAUCUGUGGAUUCGUGUAUAAUGCUCUAACUGCUGUGAUGUAGUUUUCUGGUAGGCCUAUGUGUUGUAGUUGAGGGAAAAGAUAAUGCCAUUGGAUCCUGUCGAAGGCCUUCUCUGCAUCCAGCGAUAGGACGAGAGAAGGCGUUAGAGUCUUUCCGGCCCACGAGAUUAGGUCCACUGCCCGUCUAGUAUUCUCGUACAAUUGUCUAGUUGGUACGAAGCUCACCUGGUCUGCAUGAACCAGCCUGGGUAGUAUAUGUCCCAGCCUGAUGGCCAGGAUUUUGGCGUAGAUUUUAGAGUCUAUAUUGAUCAGGGAGAUGGGGCGAUAAUUGGUCACCUUCGUUUUGUCUCACUCUGGCUUCGGGAUUAGGAUCACGUUAGCCGUUUCCAGCUCUGCAAUGGGCUGUCCCCCCUCCAUCCACUCUUGAAACAUAGCUGUCAUGUGUGGCACCAAUUCUUCCUGCAAUGCUUUAUAGUAAGCCCCAUCGAACCCGUCCGGGGCCUUAUUGCCCUCUAUCAUCCCUAUGGCUCUUUUUCUACUUCUUCAAUUGUGAUUGUAGCCUCCAGGUCUGUUCUUCCUUGGUGGGCCUUGGGAGGUUUAUCCUCUCCAGGAACUUUGCGACUGCCUCCUUGUGUUCCCUGUUUGUCCCGUCUUUCCCUGGGGAAUGAUUGUAUAGUUGGUGUAAGAAAUUGGUGAAUUCCUCGUCAAUAUCCUGUGGAGAUGUGUGGGUUCUGCCCUGGUCGUUUAUGAUGGACAUGAUGUGUUUUUGUCUUUGUUUGGGUCUGAGGGCCCUAGCCAGUAACGUGUCCAUUUUAUUGGACUUUUCGUAGAACAGUCUCUUUGAAUGGUUGAUAUUUGUGUGUGUCUGAUGUUCUGUACUUUGUCUAGUUUGUCCUGUGUUGGGUUCUGUUUGUGUUGCAUUUCUGUUGUAUGCAAGGCCUUCUGUAAUUCUGUAAGUUUUCCUAGUUUUUUGUUGUGUGUUGCUAUUUUUAUCAAGGCUCUCCUCAGGACCGCUUUAUGGGCUGGCCGGGUUGUGGUCGAAGAUAGUUCCUCGGUGGUGUUUAACUGGAAGUAGGUGUUUAAAGUCUUGAGCCACUCUAAGAUCUCCGGCUCUCUAAGGAGGGAGUCGUGGCCCUGGUGUCUUCAGGGUUAGCGCUAUGUCAGCAUGGUCUGACCGUGAUAUUAGAUUUAUUGCAGAUGACCUGACGCAUCUCAUACCUUGUUGGUUUGUGAGGAACAGAUGUAUAUGGGAGUAUAUGGAGUGUACUGCUGAGUAAUGGGUAUAGUCUAACGUUCCCGUCUAGUAACCCUGUGUUCUCCAGAAAUCUUCUAAGUAGACGGUCUUGUCCCUCUAUGCCCUGUGAUCUGGGUUGUCCCGUCCUGCUGCUGCGGUCGACCAUGGGACACGACGUCACAUUUAGGUGCUGCCCCCGUCAAUGAGGUUGUCAGGUUUUCCAGUGUCGUCCAGAAUUGAAUGUCAGGGGCAUAUACGUUUAUGAAGUGUUAUUUGGUGGUGCUGAUCGUUCCUGUGAGUAUUAUGUACCUGCCGUCCGUGUCCCUGUGUAUGGUUUGUACCACCACCGGGCAUCUUUUGUGCAUGAUGAUUUCUACGCCCCGUAUUUUGCAGAGCCGUUCGGGCUGCAUAUGCUCUCGUGUAUAUGUGGUCUGUGAUUUGUAUCUUUGAGUUGCUAGGGAUGUGGGUCUCCUGUAUGAAUGCUAUAUCUGCUUUAUGUCUGUGCAGUUCUCUGAGUAACAGUCUGUUUGUUCGGUACAUUGAGGCCGUUAAUGUUCAGUGAUGUAAUUUUAAGCUCUGUGUGUGUGUGGUAUGAUGUACCUUGUGCGUCGGCUCGCCGCUGUCAUGUAGUGUUGUGAGUCCUCCUUUGUGUGGGGUGCAUCCCGGUGUUCCCCCUGGGGUGGGUGCUGGGUGAACCUUUUCUUGGUGGGGGUGGGGGUGGGAGAGGGAACAAAAUAGGGGAAGAAAACAUGCAUUGGUAAUAUUAUACCAUAACCUAUACAACCGUAGACUAGGCAUGAUUGAGACUCUCUCCUUGAUCCUCAUACCUGUCUUAUCUACCUCCAGGUCGAUCAGGGGUGGCCACCCUCCGCGCCGAGAGAUUGUCUCAGAUGGGGCGGGUGUACAGCCGUCGAGCACCCUAGCUUUUAACAUACUUCUAUCUUUUCCUGUGUAUCCAGGACAUAGGGUAUCCCCGGUCCCCUGUUGUAUGUUGUUAAACAUGCGGGGUUGGGGGAGGGAGUUGUUAUGGCUUCGUCUUCUGGGGUCUGGUUACUUUUCCUCUGCUUAUAACGUGGUCCUUACAGUGUCCCCUUUUAAAGGAGCAUUCUGCUGUGGUGGUUAUCGUGCAUCUGUGCCCUCUAUACUGUUGUCGUAGAUUGGCAACUUCCUUGGGUCCUGCUGGCUUCCCACAGCCUGUUGAGAUGAUUAUGGCCACAACAUAGACCCCUUCAAAGCUGUCUGGCAUAUGCUAUUCAAGAACUCUUCUUGUGAUAUAGUUGAAUGAGGUAGUGCUUUUAUCGCUGCCAUGGGUAUGCAUGUUUCUAAACUUGGUAAUAGACUGGAACAAUGGAUCCUUGCAUCAUAACUUAUGCAAGGGGCAUAGGUUGCUCUGGUGUUUAAUCGAAAAUCUAGAAUGUUAUUGAAGAUCAUAUUGUGAAACCACCAAACUGCAACCUUUGUUUAAAUUGUGCAGUUGUGCUGCUUUUCUCUAGGUUGAAAGAUUUUUUUUUUUUUUUUUUUGAAUUCUCAAUCUUUUAAUAUCUUCCUGACUUUUUUUUACUUUGUAUUUUUCCAGUCACAACUGGGAGAUUGCUUGUGAUCCUGACUCCCCUGCCCUCCCAUUUUAAUACAGUUUAACAGAUUACACUGGGAUGGUGCCAUGGCACUCCUGCUACUAUAACAGGAUGUAGUGGUUAUGGUGCUUUAAGUGUUCACUUGACCUGUAAAAACAUUUCGCUAAGAGCUCCAUAUACAAAUUGUGAAUUUUUCUUGAUUUGGUAUGUUAAAGGCAUCAAAACAACUUUAGCUUAAUGAAGCAAUUUUGGUGCAUAUAUUAUGCUCCAGCAUAAGGCAACGGUGGCACCUAAUGCUUCUCCUGUUUAAUACAUUUGAUCACCUUCUUUGUUAUAAACCAUGAGAUUAAUGCCAGAUAACUAAAGUAUCUAUCUGCAAGAUCCUUAUUUUUUCUUUUUUUCUUUGACACACCAUUACUUUUUGGCAUCUCUCAUUCCCUUAUCUCCCCUGCUGUGAAAGAGGGAGAGAGGUUGUCAGCUCAUUGAGAGCUAAGGUAGGGGGGCAGGCGGCUGACUGAGGGAUGGAGGGGGUGGCCAGGUUUGCUAACGAAGAGCUGAGGGAGGGGGGCGGCUGACUUAUUGAGGCCGGGAGGGAGAUAACAGCAGUCCCACUGGACGCCAGGGAAAGCCUAUCCACUCCAGCUCUCCAAAGGUAGUGAGACUGGAUGGAUUUACCUUAAAAUAAAAAAGUAAUUAUUUGUGUCUCUGUGGAUGUGUGUUCCCUCCAAUCACAUGGGAAAGGUGUAUUUAUUUACCAUAUUUCCCCUGCAGUGCUGGUGAUGCCGUGGCUGAGCUCAUUAAUCUUGACCAUCUCAGCCAAUUCAAUAAUAAUAAGGGGAUGUACUUUUGGCGCCAGUUCUUUGUAUAUGUGGCAGCUUGGUCUUCCCUAACCAGAGUCUCUUUCUGGUGGUGUAGUUGGAUUGCAGAAAGGGGAGCGGGUAGACGGUGCCUGUAGAAUUGUUCUCGGAUCCAGUGAUCUAUAGCACUGUAUCUGAGAACAAUUCUAUAGGCGCGGUCUCCCUGCACCCCUGUCAGCCAAUUCAGUGCUUCCCCAUAGGAAAGCAUUGGGAAACUAUUGCGCAUGCAUGGCAAAAUGCCUUUGCGCCAAUUUAACUUAUCGUAGAGCUGCAUUGAACCAAUGCAUCCCUAUAGGGAACAUUAACGUAGAUACUGCAAUGUGACGUACUGACCCAGGCAGCACAUCUAGAGGUCAUCUCAGUGACUGUCGCUAGAGGUGUCACAAGGCAGCAAUAUAAACACUGCCUUUUGUUUGAAAAGCAUUCAGGGACAGGAUAUAGACUUCAGAACAACUAUAUUAAGCUGUAGUGGUUCUGGUGACUAUAGUGUCCUCUUUAAGAAUCAUAUUUGUGGUGUUGAUUUCUCUGGAUCCUAGAUUCUAAGCAAAUGUGUUGAGCCUUGAUGUGUAAUGAGUAGAAUAGGAGAUGAAAUGUCAAUAUUAUCUUGUUACUCUGGCUAUAUAUUUGCAUAGACAGCCCAAUAAAUCUAGAAUCUCUAUAUCUGAGCUAAGCUGGUACCGAAGGGCUUGGCUCACUUGCCAAUGAGUUAGCUGUGAAUUGCAGGGCUGUGCACAGGUGAGCUAAUGUAAGCUCCUGCUUAGGAGCUGUUUGCAGACUCCACCUGCAAGGGAAGAGUAGUUGCGUCUGUUGCGGAGUAUAGUGCGUGUUGAUGUCAGACUUUAAUUUUUUUUUUUUUAUUUUAAAUAAGAAUGCUCAAUCUGCAUUAGGCAGCCCGGAACAGGAUUCUGGGCUGCGUAAGUUGUGUCCUGGGAAUGCACCUUGCCCCAGCACACAAUUAAAAAUAUCUGGAUGGAUGUGUAGUAUCAAGUUGAAACACUGCACACGACCACUUCAAAAAGCAAAAGUGGUCAUGAUGUGUGGAGUAGUCAUUUAAAUGAAUUUAAAAGGCCACUCUCCUGCAUUGGUUGUGUAGUUUGUCCUGUGUUGGGUUCUGUUUGUGUUGCAUUUACUGUGUUGCAAUUACUGGCAACCUAUUGUGAAUAAUAAAAAAUAAUUGCAAUGAGCAGGCAAUAAUAAGCUGUGUGAGCUAGCUCUUACAGUUGAUCACUGACCACUAUUGGUGGUAUGGAAUAGGGUGGUGUGUAACCAAAGUGAUUCCAUCAGAGGGAGCUGGGAUGUGGUUGCCCAGGCAUUUACUAUUCUAGUGUUCAGAAACAGGUUAAAAAUUAAACUGGUAUGACAUUGGGGGAUUGCAGGCACCUUAACAACUUAAUAUUAAAGUUAUUGUGAUGCAUAGUGUCACUUUAGGUGACAAGGAAGAUUAGGAGAAUUUCUUACAGCAGAUCUCCUGCUCUUGUCACAGAAACUAGAGUACAAAUGAUCACUGUGGAAGACAGACAUCCAAUUCCUUUGCAGUUUAUGUUGGCAGGAGAUAUUUUAGUUAUAUAGCGCCAUCAGAUUCCGUAGCGCUGUACAAUUUAUAUCUUCUGAUCGUUUGGGAGAUGGAGCACAUAGUAUGCUUUUGGUAGCAGCUGGGUAUACUAUCUUGUAUCAUACGUGAAGUGCAGAUAUUUACCAAAAUCACUAUGUACAUGUACACUAUUAUAGGGGACAAGAGAUUAAAACUGUUUCCCCCUUUUUGCCAGAUGGACAUGAGAUGGUUUAUAAGCAGUGUGUAGAAUACAGAUGCUGCCACUGUUAACCUGAUAAAGGUGGUUACUAUUUUAAAGCCAAUAUUUUUUAUUUUUUUUUGCCAGUAAUGUGUACCUACCUAAAAAAAAUAAAAUAAAAAAAAUCCACCAAACCAUGGCAACUGUAGAUUUUAACGUCUUAAAUCUGAGUCCAUGGUGCCGGACUACCUGGGUUAUCCCAUCACUGACUGCAUGAUCACAUUUAUUUUCCUUUUUGUGGCAACUUGGCAAGUGUGUAGAUAUAGAUGUGGCACUGGUUUGAAAUAGAGCAAGGUGGAAUGAAUCUUAGUGUAUGGACCACUGCAAUGUGCUGAAAAACUUCAUGUAUCUGUAUCUCCGCAGUUUUCUUGAGUGAAGCGUUAGAAAUUCAUAUGUAACGCUGUAGUGAUUAAAAGCUCUUUAUAUGGAAAGGUAUUUGCUCCGUAGACUGUCAAUUCUGUUUGCUUGUUAUGGAGUGCUAUUAGAAAUCUGUAAGAAAUCAAAGGUCCUUUAAAGAAACACUCCAGCAUUACUAAUAAAAUAUUUUUUUUAUUGUAAUACUAAUCUUCCAGGCCUAAGGUGUUAGAUAGCAGGGCACAUGCACAGAAAUCACAGCCCUGUGCUUGCAAUGCUUCACAUUGAAAGGAAAGCUCUUCUGUGUGAUUUUUGCUUUCCAUUUUGUGCUAGGGCACAAAGCCAUCAGGAAGAGCACAAACACUUUGAAAAAGUAUUUAUCUCUUGAAAUGGGCAGUUUUAUAAAGUAUGGGAAAACGUGAUACACUGAAGUGAUUAAGGACUUUAAUAGUGUUAAAUGCAGUUUGCUUGUUACAGUGUAUGGUAAAACCUUCUGCCCAAUGUGUUCUCCGACUGGAUUUUUUUAAAUUUUUUUUUUUUUAUUUAUUUUUUAAUUGGACACGUCUGAAUGUGAGCUACUAGAGCAUUGAGCUAGCUUUGUUUUUCCAGGAUGCUUGGUUUGUGCUGAAUGCUGUAAUGUUAGACCUGUGUGGUACCCUGAUAUUUCCAAUUAUUAUUGGAGUAAGGUGUAAAGACCAUUUUGGUCAUUAAAAUAGAGUUUUCAGGGCUGCUUCUCCUGGUACCUCCCAUGGCCCAAAGUAACCCAUUAAAGACCAAUUCAGGAUGAGGCGUACACAUUAGAUUUCAGGAAGAAUUUUAUUGAAGACUCAAGGAAAAAAUCACAGCAGCAUUUCAGCUUAUGCCUUUAAUCGUACAUAGCUGUCGCAAGACAAAACAUUGCUGUGUAAAAGUCUACCUAAAAUCUAAAGUGGUUAAACCUUUUCCUGAUUUUCUUUGAAACAUGUAUUCUUCGCACUGCUUUCUAUAUAUUGUCAAAUGCCUUAAUAUGGAGACCUAACAUGUUAAAUUUCACUAGACCAACGUGUAUCUGCUGUUUUUAAUGUAGGAGCCAAAUCCAUUAGUUGGGGAAACAGGUCUACCCUCCAACUUGAUGCCGGUGGGAUUUUUGUUUUUUUUAAUAUAUAUAAAUAUGCAAUUUUUUUUAAUUUAUUUUUUUGUGUUCUGUAAAUAGUCUCAGCAGUCAAAAUGCACUAUAUGAAUCUUUAUAAUAGGAUGUUUUGACUUUUGAAUAGCUUCCAAUGAGUUGUGCAUUUUCAUACUAGGCAAAAUGGCAUAUUAUGGCAUGUGCUGUCAUGCCACAAACUCAUAGUGACAGCUCCUGUAAUGUUCUGAGCUGGAAGAGAACAAUAGUUGGAUAAUCUCAGAUUGAAGGGGCAUAAGAAGUGACCUCAUAAUUAAGAGCUGAACAUGUGUGGGUUUUUUUUUUAAAACAAUUUUCUCUUUUGUGCCAGUGCUGUGGAAGCACCUCUAGUGACUAUCUAGAAGUCAGCCAUUAGAAGCAUGUUUAACCCUUCAUAUUAUGCCCUUUCUGCAAAAUAAAAUGUUUUGUUUAAAAGGUUAAACAAAACCACUGCACCAGACCUCUUAAUUGCGAUAAUGUGGUCUGGGUCAUUUUAGUAUCCUUUUAACUCCAGUUUUGGGUUAUCUAUCUUUUCACUAGAGGGACGUCCAUGUUCUUAGAACACGAAAAGUGUGUUCUACGACGUUGGACGUCCUCACGCUAUGUGAGGACCUCCAGCGUCGCUGAAAUCCCCAUAGGAAAGCAUUGAAUAACGCUUUUCUAUGGGCAGGUCUAAUGCGCGUGCGUGGCAAUUGCCGCGCAUGCGCAUUAGGUCUCCUCUGCCGGCUGACAUCGGCGGGGGAGGAGAGUAGGCAGAGCCUGACCCCGGUUUUAACCCCUUCAGCAACUUGGGGUGGGAGGGAGAGGGGCACUGGAGAGUCCGUCUUUAAUGCUGAUGGAGCAUUCUGUCAUACUACAUAAAGUGGAUUUUAAAGCAUCUUAUGCAGCAUAGAACGCCCUGCAUAUUUGGUGUGUGCAGGGCUAAAUCCCUUCUGUCUGGUGUGGACAUUUUAUGUGGCACCUGACAUUUAAAUACCUAUUAAAAGAUCAGAAUGUGAGCAGGGUUAAAUCCCUCCUCACACCACUAACCAAUUUUUGGCCCCAGACUUUAAGAUGAGGUGCUGGCAGCCAGCACUCCAUGUGGCUCUUUAAAUAGGCAUUUAAAUGCCUAUUUAAAGAUUGACAUGUGAGCAGGGUUAAAUCCAUGCUCACACCACUAAUGCCAGGUAUCAGUGGGUAACUAGGCCUCCUGCAAGUCAGUGGUCCUAGAUUGACAGACAAGCUCUAUUCAGCACUGAAAGUCAACACUGCACAGAGCCCUUUUAACUCCACUCAUAAAACCAUGGCUGAGCGCAAUCACGCUAACCUGCAUCUCUAGGAGGAAAGUUCAGUGUCUGCAUGCAGAAGGAGUCCCUGAAUGUUUGGGUGCAUUUUUGGCAGCCAUGACCCAGGAAGAACCUCUAGCAGCUAUCUGAGGUGUGGCCAGUGAAGUUAUCACUAGGCUGUAAUGUAAACACUGCAUUUUCUCUGAAAAGACCGUGCUUACAGCAAAAAGCUUGAAGGUAAUGGUUCUACUUACCAGAACAAAUUCAAUAAGCUGCAGUUGUUCUGGUGACUAUAGUGUCCCUUUAAGAUGUCUUGUCUUUCAGAUCCAAAAUAUAACUGGGUUGUCUGUACCUAUGGAUUGCACUUCUAGGGUUAAUUUGAUCUGACUCAUUUCCUCACUGACAUAUGCUAGAUUAUCCUGAAUGAAUCCCUGAUGUCUGAAAAGGAUUUUACUAUUAUUCCACAACAAACGGACCAUUGGUCACAUGCCAAAAUAUUGUUCGGUGGACACAUCCCUCUUUCAGCCUGUGCUGUCCUACUUCUAUUUGUUUUUGUCUUGAACAAACUCUCCAGGGAUAGAUCCAACACUGCUAGUACAUAAUAAAAAAAAUAUGUAACACCCCUCCUCUUUAGCUCCCUCUCCUGUUCAAUUAUCCCACUCUCCAUUCUGGAUUAUGCCUUUUCCCUCUGCUUCUAAUGCCGUCUCUUUCCACCCACAAUUUAUUUACAUUUUCACAUUUAUUUCCCCUAGCCAUGACAUUGUCAUAACUCCACUCCUAACUUUCAAAGAUUGCAGCCAUAUCUUAAACUGUUUUAAGGCUGGCCACAUUAAGAGUGGCAGGAGGUCAGAGUGCUACCUGCCAAAACAAUUUCCUUCAUGCAUUUGCUAUGUUGGAGGGUAUUGGUAUGCAGCAGGGAUGUUUUGCCACAUCUCUUCUGCGACCUUCUAUAUAUGCUCUCAGGAAGCCAUUUGAAGGCAUUAAUUUUGUUAUGAUUCUAAUUCUUGAAUGUUGCAGUUUUAUGUAUCCAUCCUCUUUACUGCAGAGGGUAAAGGGAGUUGAGAUACAGUGUGCCUGACCUGGGGUGUGUAUGUAUUUGGUCAUUUGCUAUAUCCCCAGGAAAUACAGCUCCACACUUGUUAGAAAAGGAAAUUCACAGGCAUUGCAAAUAUGUUUUAAGAACCUUAUUAACCUGUGUCGUGUACUUCAGUUUAUAUUGUGUGUAUUUGGAGUCAUGGAAAUAAAACCCGACUCUCUGAUCUGUACAUUUUUCCGUUUUGGGUAGACUUGCUACAAUAGAAUGUCUUAUGAUCUGUAUUGUUGCAUGCUUUGUAGAUGAAAUUUUUUACAGCAAGUGUUAAUUACAUAUUCUGCCCCUGUUUUUAUAUGGAUAAUUAAUAAUAAAAAAGCUAGAAUACAUUCAUAUUAAACUUGCCCAACUGCCAGCACCUAUUCAUGCCCCAAUUGUUUGUUCCUUGGUUUGAGUCACCUUGUGUAAUUGUUUGGUUUAGCUAAAUAUCUAUGGCUUCAUUAUAAAGUAUGUUUGGUGCCCCACAGUCAUUGGUAAUCCCUUUGCUCCUUCUGCCCUUUGAUGCCUUGACGCAUAAAACCAAAUUUAUAUUCCUCUCUGCCAAGAUAAGGGUGCAGGAGCAAAGGUGAAAAUAUCAAUGUAUGCUUAGCUUUUUCGAAAAUGCUUGCCAUUUCUUCCUAUAGCUAAUGAAUAUAUAGUUUUGUUCAAUGUUAACGAAUGUUACAAAUUCUACAAAAUACAUAACUUGAAUUUUCUCAAUGUGCAAGAAAUUUUAAAACUCAAAAUAAGUUACCAAAAAAGUUAAGUUGUUCAAUUUUCAGUAAGCUCUCAAACUUAAGUGCAUUUGAACUCCGUUAUCCUCCACAUUCAAAUCUCAUUGUAGUAAUUUGUAGCUUUUGACAUUACUACUCUGCCUGCUUAGCUGCACCCUUCUUUUCAUAUUCCUUUUGGACUUACUCAGAGUAUGUGCUCAGCCCAAAAGAUCAGUGUGAGCUGAGCUACUGGCAUCGUUUCAGCCCACAGACAAUCCCUGUCCUCUUAAUUGUCCCCUUUCCUCUUAGCUUGCCUUUACCAUACUAUAAAGAUAAAACUGCAGGUGGGGAAUUUCCCAGUGCUGGCUAAAAUUACUUGUAGCUUACAGGAGGUGUAAGGGAUGCACACUGCCAGGAUACAUAUCCAGGUACUAUCCCCCAGGGGCCAACAGUUGGAUAGCAGCCUGCCCCAUGCUCUCUGCCAUGCACAAUUAAGUCCUCCAGGCACUUGCUGAUAGUUGAAAUUCUUAAUGGGUUUGUGUUUGUGUGUGUGUGUGUCUGUCAGUUUACGUAUAUGUGGUUAGUGAAUGUUACAGUGUGUGAAACACAAUUACAUAAUCGAAUGCAACCAGCACACACAAAGUAUAGUCAAUACUCUCCACACACAUUAUGACAAAAGGAGACUGUGUACUGUGCAGAAUUGAUUUAAAAAAAAAAAAAAUGGUUUCCUGCUUUGUGGAUGGAAAAAAGUGCCCAGGUGAUGUGGCUGCAUGUUACACACUCAAGGCCAAGUUGCCCGGGUGCAGUUUGAGUUUCCUUGCUAUGAUACUAUUUUUCUACCCUUUACUUACUAUUUGUUACUUUAUCCCGCUUCUACUAGAAUAUAAACUCUGUUCCUGUGCAUCUAAGUUGUCUAGUUAUAAAUACGGGUCUGUUAGCCCAUCCAUUGUAUGCUGUUCCAUAUUUGUUGACACUACAAUAAUUGUGAGGCAGAAUAAGGAGGCCAUGUUAACGCUCACCAUUGAGAAUUUCAGAAAAAAAAUAUUUUUCAGUAAUUCAAGGUAUCUGUCGAGAGAAUCAGAGAAGAAAAAAUAAUGCAGUAUUUAAAACUGUAGUGGUGAUAGAUAAAAUAAAAGAUGUGCACCCACACUUUCCUGGAGUUUCAAUUCAUCCCAGUGUAUGCGCCUGGGCGGAAUAAUUCGUGCUUAUGGAUCAAGUGCAGAGGUAAUUCUUUGAAUUAUAGAUGUGGUAGGGGGUAUCCUCAUAAAAAAAUCAACAACAAAAAAAUCGUAUAUGAAAUAUGUAGAGCUAUGAAGCAAGGGUAAGUAAAAAAAAAAAACAAACAAAAAAAAAAACCUAUAAAAUGUACUCACAUGUAAUGGAACCGUAAAACCUGGCUCCUCUGAUAGUGCUUGAAGUGGUAUGAUCCCCACUCAAGGAUACAGGUGUAAAUAUAAAUUCUUCCAUCCGUGUAUAUGUGGAGAUAAAGAGAACCACAAUAGUGUACACCGUAAAAAGGAGUGUAAGCAGAAAUAAAUAAGUUAAACCUACUCACAUGCUAAAGAGGAAGUUCAGCUUUGCUCAAUCCAAAGCGCUUGGGUGGUAUAAUCCCCACCAGGAAUAUAGCUCCAAACAAUCCAAAAGCAGCAAAGUUAGGUCCAAUAAAAAAAAGUACUUUAAUAUUAAAAAUAAAUAAAAGUAAUACAAUAUAUAAUAAAAGUGAUUGUUUUAAACAAUACACUUAACGCGUUUCUCAUUGGAUAGGCUUUAUCAAAAGUGUUAUCAUAAAGCCUAAUCAAGGAGAAACGCGUUUAGUGUAUUUUUUAAUACUAAAGUACUUUUUUAAUUGGCGCUAUCAGAGGAGCCAGGUUUUACGACUAUUACACGUGAGUGUACACUUUAUAAUUUUUGCAUAACCUUGCUUCAUAGCUCUACAUGCUUCACCAUAUAGAACUUUAAUUUGUUUAUUUCUUAUGAGGAUACCCCCUACCACACCUAUAAUUUGAAGAAUUAUCUCUGCACUUGAUCCAUCGGCAGGGAUUAUUCCGCCCAGGUGCAUACACUGGAGCUGUAUUGAAGCUCCAGGAAAGUGUGAGUGUACAUCUUUUAUUCUACCUAGCACCACCACAGUUUUAAAUACUACACUAUUUCUUCUCUGGUUUUCUCCACAUAUGCCUUGUCAAGGAUUACUGAAGUGCUGCACCUACCCCCCUGUUUUUAUUGUUUUCUGAUCGGAAAAGAGACUCCAUAUUGGUGUUCAAGUGGUUUUUGGACUAUUAUCACUUUGCUUCGUGCUGAAUUUAUUUUUGUGUGAUUACUUUUUAUUUUUUUUAUUUUUUUACAUCUGUAGCAAUUUGUCCUUUUCUCGGUUAUCGGUUCUGACAUCUAACUGGAACGAGCAUCUUAUUGUUUGAUAUGCGAUAUAUACCUAUAGCACCCCACUGUGCAUGUGUGAGAUACUGAAAUUAUAUAUUAAAUGUGGGAAAAGUUAUUUUCUUUUAUAUAUUUUUGUGUGUUCUUGUACAUGAGUGCAGAACUUCUAGGUUUGGUUACUAUUGUUAGGAAUUUAUAGUGAAUGUAAAAUUUAUAGUCAAAGUAACCAAACCGGAAAGAUUCUCCCGGUAAGCUACUUUGACUUUUGAUCUUAAAGGGCCACUAUAGUGCCAGGAAAACACUCGUUUUCCUGGCACUAUAGUGCCCUGAGGGUGCCCCCCACCCUCAGGGUCCUCCGCCCAGCUCUGGAAGGGGGAAAGGGGGAAAAACUUACCUUUUUCCAGCGCUGGGCGGGGAGCUCUCUGCCUCCUCUCCUCCUCCGAUCUGCCCCGUCGGCUGAAUGCGCACGCGCGUCAAGAGCUGCGCGCGCAUUCAGCUGGUCGCAUAGGAAAGCAAUUCAUAAUGCUUUCCUAUGGACGCUUGCGUGCUCUCACUGUGAUUUUUCACAGUGAGAAGCACGCAAGUGCCUCUAGCGGCUGUCAAUGAGACAGCCGCUAGAGGAAUUGGAGGAAGGAUUAACCCAUUUGUAAACAUAGCAGUUUCUCUGAAACUGCUAUGUUUAUAAAAAAAAAUGGGUUAACCCUAGAAGGACCUGGCACCCAGACCACUUCAUUAAGCUGAAGUGGUCUGGGUGCCUAGAGUGGUCAUAAAAAAUAAAAAAUUUAAAGUAGCUGACCUUGUACUUUGUAUUUAUUCAAAUAAGACAAAAUUAGUUAGAGUAUAUCUAUUACAUAAUAUCUGGUAUUCUGCUCUAAGCCUUUUUAGAUUACCUACUUUUAUGUUUAAGCUCUGAGAAGGCUUGAGGCAAAUCAUGAGGUUGGCGUUAUAAAUACACCUGAAAUUCACUGGGACAGCCCUUGCAAAGUCCACAGGCAUGCAAAAGCUGUUUCGUUUCCUGAAAAAAGGAAACUGCUGUGUUUCCUAAAACAGCAUUCAUGACUCAGUCCAUUGGUAUUUUGGUGACUGGUUGGUUUACUUUAGAAUGCUGCAGUCAAUAGAAACUCUCACUAUCGCCGUUAUUUUACAUGUGCCACAUAGGAAGGUGUGUUUUUUUUAUUUUUAUUUUUUAUAAAAGCAAUGCUUUUGAAAGUGUGGGACAAACUUUCUUGGCUGGAGACAUAUUAACAUUCAGAGUUUCUUAAAUACAAGUGCUGAACAGUUUAUGGUGAGGAUGUGUGUACAAGGUACAUGCCUCGGCUCUAGCAUUAUAAGAUCCCAGGGAUGCAUGACUGAAUCUGUGCAAGGUCAACCGAGCCUUUAGUUAGAAAAAUUAUUAGUGUACAAACCAUCUAUGCUUCUUUGCAUACAUUUGCAGCAAUCUCUAAAAUGUCAACAGCUAUAAGCAUAUUCUUGUAAUAGCCUGUCACUCUGUCACAGGAGGGUUCUUUUGCUUCCUGGGACUGUACCCAGAACCUUGGGGUGCUUUUGUCAUACUAUUUUCAUACAGGAGAGCUGUACCAUGUCCGCCUCCAGUCCACAAUGCAGUCAGGUUAAGGAAGAUCUGGUUAAGGAAGUGGGAUUUGGAAUGGAGUAACCGCUGUCACCCCCUGAUGGUGGCCUUGGUGCUUCCCCCCCACCCCCCCCAAGCCUGUAAAAUGUAAGUGUUUUAUGCACAGCAUACUCUGCUAUGCAAAUAUACAAUGACUUACAGGCUCACUGCUUUCUUUCAAAGAAUAUUUGCCUGAAUCAAUUAAGUAAACUAACAAAAGCAAAUCUGCAACAUGUAUUGGCAUGCACAAGGGUUUCAUGAAUGUUCUUUUUCAUAACAUAAUGGAGUACAAACAUGUAUGACCGUUGUACGACUGAAUAUCUGGGGAACAUCCUUUAGACAAAGAGAAUAAGUUCAGCAGGUGUGGGAAUUUUCAUUUACUCGUUGCCCAAACGUACAAGAGCGUGCACAUGGUCUCUUUUUUUUAAAGGAUCACUAUAGGGUCAUGAACACAAACAUGUAUUCCUGAUCCUAUAGUGUUAAAACCACCAUCUGGGCCCCUCAUGCCUCCAUAAAUAUAGCAAAAUUUUACUGUAUUCAAGCCAGAAGCUGUAGAUCUGUAUGCUGUUUGCCUAAAAAAAAAAAGCAGUCUGCUGACAUAAUCAGAAGUGGUAGCCUAAUCCAAUCACAAUGCUUCCCCAUAGGAUUGGAUGAGACUGACAAGGAGGCAGAUCAGGGGCAGAGCCAGCAUGAUUCAAACACAGCCAUGGCCAAUCAGCAUCUCCUCAUAGAGAUGAAUUAAAUCAAUGAAUCUCUGAGGAAAGUUCAGUGUCUGCAUGCAGAAGGAGACCCUGAAUGUUUGGGUGCAUUUUUGGCAACCAUGACCCAGGAAGAACCUCUAGCAGCUAUCUGAGGUGUGGCCAGUGAAGUUAUCACUAGGCUGUAAUGUAAACACUGCAUUUUCCCUGAAAAGACCGUGUUUACAGCAAAAAGCCUGAAGGUAAUGGUUCUACUCACCAGAACAAAUUCAAUAAGCUGUAGCUGUUCUGGUGACUAUAGUGUCCCUUUAAGAAACUACACAGAAAUUGAGAGAGUUAACCCUGCGCCCGACGCAUACAACAUUCAACAGUGUUCUUUGUGCAAUUAAGUCUUUCUAGGAUUCAAUAAAUGUGAAUGGCUAUUAGGAUAAACACUUGUAGUGUGUAUUUUGAUUUUAUACACCAUAAAAAAAAAAACAAUGGCUUUGCAGUACUUAUUAGGUCUACAAUUGAAUGUUUCUCCCCUUAACAAGUUCCACAUCUCCGCCUCUAUGGCGGGCUGGCCUCCACUGUCAUUUACCAAUCAGUACUGUAGUUUUUUUAUUUUUUCUGCUAUACCUGAUUCAAAAGUGUGAACUACGGUGUUCCAAUACUGCCAAAACUUCCGUGUUUCAGCUGUCCAAGUAGACUACUCAGGGCUGUAAAGUACAACCUUAACAAAUUUAUAUUUGGUGAGCGCAAAAAAAAAGCCCAAGAGAAUACUGAAGAUGGACAACAGUUUAAAUAACUUGCCAUUCAGUGGGUUCCAUGCUUAGUUUUCAAAUAGUGGUUGGCAGGGGCGUUUUAGCUGCGAGGCAAACAAGGCAUUUGCCUUGGGCGGCAUUUUUCAGGGGGCGGCAAAAAACGCCGCCCCCAAAUGCCCAGGGCAAAUGCCUUGUUAGCCUGGCUGCUAACUGACUGGCCGGGCGCUGGGCAGGCGGCUGGCGAGGGAGCUCUUCCUCUGAGCUGUCUGCUCAGCUCCCUCGCGCGCCGCAGAGUGAGGCUGGGAGCCGGAAUAUGAUGUCAUCUUCCGGCUCCCAGCCUCACUUUGCGGCGCGCGAGGGAGCUGAGCAGACCCCUCAGAGGAAGAGCUCCCUCGCCAGCCGCCUGCCCAGCCCAGCUGGCAACCACUGGACCACCAGGGAGGUAAUGAACCCCCCUCCCCCCAGCACUCCCAAAGGUGGGUAAAUAAAAAAAAAAUAAAAAAAUGUGUUAAUGUGAGUGAGUGUGUCUGUUAAUGUGUUUGUUAGUGUGUGUGUCUGCUAGUGAGUGUGUCUGUUAGUGUGUGUGUGUUUCUGUUAGCGAGUGUAUGCGUAUCUGUCAGUGAAUGUGUGUGUGUGUGUAUUUAGAAGGCGGGUUGGGAGGAGGGGGUUGGCGCGGGGGGAGGGAGGGGCGCGCUUAAGUUUUGUCCUGCCUAGGGCAGCACAAAACCAGGAUACACCACUGGUGGUUGGCUCCUUUUGUGCCAUUACAGAGAGAACCUAAAUAAUUAAGUAAAUUGGACAAAUCCAAAAUGCAUGCUUACUCCCUCUGCAAAAGAGACAGAAACCCCAGCGAUUUGUUUCAUCCCUUUUUAAACCUCAUCAGUGAGUAGUUGAUACCCCUCUAUGGAUUGUGAGCAAGGAGUCCAUGUCUAGAUACCCCUACUACCUUAGAGGGAAGAAAAACGGGGCACAAUGGAAUACUGA